ACUGGGAACGCAGUUGCUUCUCUCCAGGUCAGCCCGCUAGCACGCUUCCGGAGAUGGGAGUUGUUAAGCCGAAAAACAGGGAGCGACUGCAGUGGCUGAGUUAAGGGCUGCAUGGUCCCUGCUCACGCCUCAACAAUCAUUUUACUUGGCGAGAAAGUAAUCCAACCGUUUUUUAUAGUGUGACCGUAAGCAACUCCCUGCGUUGCAUCAGGUGCCUAACUCACUGCCAGUUGACCGUCUUUUGAGGAGCAUCAAACCCAACGUCAACAUGGAUCCAAUGUGGGAAUGGUUCUGUGGGAAGAACAACUCUUACGUGUUGGGGUCGUCGCCAAAUGUCAUUGAGCAGGGCGUCAACAACACCUGCUUCGUGGACGCGGUGGCAAUCAUCCCUCAUGCCGGAUUCGUGGUGCUGGCCUCCUUGAUUCUCUUCGGCGUGAGCGUCUGCUCCAGCUACCGAGGGUACAACACCCGCUACAUCAUCUACAUGCCGGGCCACACAAUCCGCUGGAUAGUGAGCCUGCUCCUGCUCUUUGUCAUGAUGGCCGCCGUGGGGGAGGGACUGCUGUCCGACGCCACCUACCUGGCCUUGGACCUGGGUACCCAGCCGCACCUCUACGCGGGAGCCGCCACGGCCAUGCUGGGCGCGGUAGUGUCGCUGAUCUACUACCAUCACAUGGAGCUGUGGGAGCUUCCCACUAUGGACUUCCUCCUGCUCAUCUACUGGAUCCUGGGCCUGCUGGUGGAACUGCUGCGACUCCUUAACCUCUACCAGACAGGCCUGUUUGACGUUACCGUCAUGCGGUUUGAUAUCUGCAUGCUGAUCAUCAUUUCUUACGCCGUCUUCAUCCUGUGCGACCUCAACCUCAUCAGAGUCAGGGUGUUUGGAUUGUGCCGCAGCGGACCGGAUCCGUUCCCGAAGGAUCUAAUGAAUCCGGACAUGGAGUUCAUGUACUACUACGUCAACUUCCUAUCACAGCAAUUCUUCUGGUGGAUCAAUUGGCUGAUGUCUCUAGGCUACAGGAGACCGCUAGAGCUGGAGGACCUAGGAGACAUUCCUGAACGACACGAAGCCAACUACAAUUUCCUGGAAUUUAAAAAGGCACUGAAGAUUGAAUUGGACAAGUGCGCAAAGAAUCCCGGGUCGAUCCCUUCACUGUGGAAGCUGUACUUUCAAGUUUACGGCUUUAAACUGUUCGGGGCUGGUGUGUUGAAGCUGGCAGCUGACUUUUGCGGCUUCGUUGGACCCCUUGUAAUCGCUGGGUUGACAAAGUAUGUCUCCACUCUCGCUUAUGGUGGAAAUGAGAAAACGGCCGCACCCCACCUUGUGACGUUCGAUGAGUUCUUCGAUAACGGCUUCGUGUUGGUAGGGACGCUGUUCUGCGCUUACUGCAUCAAGAUUGUCUGCGGUCAGGGCCAUAUGCAUCGGGCAAUCCUACAGAGCAUGAACGUGCGGGCGGCGUUGCAGGGACUGGUGUACCAGAAGGCCCUGCGCUUGUCCACUUACGCCACCACCGGAGGCAUGAUGACGGUGGGACAGAUUACCAACCACAUGUCGACGGACGCCAUGAACGUCCUCUUCAUGUUCCAGACUAUCAACUACUUGUGGUCCAUACCCAUGCAGGUGGUCGUCAUCCUGAUCCUGUUGUACCUGCAGAUGGGCGUGUCGUCGCUGAUUGGGGCGUCCGUGUUUCUUCUCGUCUUCCCCAUCCAGGUCAAGAUCGCUACGUCGAUCAGCAAGGCCCAGAAAGAACUCUUGAAAAACUCGGACGGACGCAUGAAGCAAGUAAACGAGUUGCUUCAGGGCAUCAAGCUUCUCAAGAUGUACGCGUGGGAGGACCUGUACUGCAAAGGAGUAGAGGUCGUCCGCGAGAAGGAGCUCCGCUCCUUACUCAACGCCAGUGCUGGGCUAGUCUUCACCAUAUUCUUCACGGCUGGUACCCCGACGGUCGUUACCCUCGUUGCUUUCGGGAUCUACACCCCGCUGACUGGCAGCAUCCUGACCCCGGACGUCACUUUCGCUUCGCUGUCCCUAUUCAACCAGCUCGCCGUGCCGCUCUUCCUCUUGCCCUUUACCCUCUUCCUCCUGGUCAACGCCGUGGUCAGCACCAGGCGACUGGCCGAGUUCUUAGUGGCGCCCGAGGUAGAGGGUAUUGGCGAGGGCACUGACGAGCCGGAAGAAGGAGAGGAGUGCAUAGAGAAUGGAGAAACAAAGAAACCACUGAUUGAGUCAGCGCAGCCUGCGAUCUUCCAUCAGACUAGCAGCGCCGAUGAGGCAGACGAAGAGCAAGACGAGAAGACGGGACUCCUGGACGACGCCAAGAAGCCACCGAAGACGGACUACGGCUCCAGCGCCCUACGUAAGGCCUUGGGGCUGGAAAAGAUGGAGCCCUUGGACCCCAAAGUGGCUAUCAAGAUCUCGAGGGGUAAUUUCCUCUGGGAUCCCGAAGGUUCCCAGCCCUGUCUCAGUGACAUCGAUGUUGAAAUACCGAAAGGUAAAUUGACGAUGGUGGUGGGUUCUGUGGGCAGCGGGAAGUCGUCCAUCCUCGCUGCAAUGCUGGGUGAAAUGACUACAGUCUCCGGCCAAGUUCAGAUCGGUGACAAUGAGUCGAUUGCCUAUGCUGGACAGAAGGCUUGGCUUCUGAAUGCAACCAUGCGUGACAACAUACUCUUCUCGGAGACGUACAACGCCAACAGGUACAAACGUGUCCUCGAUGCCUGCGCCCUGAAGCCAGACAUUGAUAUCCUACCUGCUGGAGAUCAGACUGAGAUUGGAGAGAAGGGAAUUAACCUGAGCGGUGGACAGAAACAACGAGUCAGCGUGGCCAGGACUAUGUACUCUCACAAGAGCAUUGUUGUUCUGGACGACCCCUUGUCGGCUUUGGACGUCCACGUGGGUCGCACUCUUCUCGAGGAGGGCAUCACCAAGUGGCUGAUGGGACACAAACGGACUGUCAUUCUGGUCACCCAUCAGCUCCAGUACCUCAACAGAGCAGACUUGAUCAUUGUUAUGAAAGACGGACGCAUUGCCGCCCAGGGAGACUUAGAUGACAUCAUCACAGCGGACCCGGACAUGUACAGCGAGUACGACCAGGCAGUUAAGGCGGUCAGCGACAUUGAGAGCGAGAGCGAGAGCGGCACCGAGACGCAGCUGGAACGGGAGGCCCUGCGCCGCAAGUCGGCCCAGCUCAUCCGCCGGGUGUCAGCCCAAAACUUAGGCGCCAAACCUGACAGGAAGUUUGAAGGAGUUGACGAAAAGGAGGCAGGCAAGCUGAUUGAACAGGAGGAGAUGGAACGAGGCUCGGUCUCUGCCAAGAUCUACAUCUAUUAUUUCAAGAACAUGGGCGCGCUUCUGACCCUGCUCACUCUUCUUACCGUCCUGGGUCUCUCCGGUCUUCAGAUCGGCACCAACUUCUGGCUGUCCGAUUGGUCAGAGGCGGGACUGGGAAAUGAGACCGAAUCCUCCGACAGCUACUAUCUCGCCGGUUAUGCAGCUUUGUCUGCCGCCAGUCUUAUAGUCCGUUUCAUCUCGUCAGGCGCCCUCAUAGCGGCAUCCCUUGUGGCCGCCAAAGCCAUUCAUCAGGAGAUGCUCCGGAAUUUGAUCAGGGCGCCUCUCAGGUUCUUCGACACCACACCCAUUGGCCGAAUACUGAAUCGGUUCUCCAACGACACCAUGAAUAUUGACUCGAAACUGGCCCAGUCGUUCAACAACGCCGUGGGCAGCUUCAUGAACUGCUUUUCCGCUGUGAUAGUUAACACCAUUGUCAUGCCUUACUUCAUACUGUUAUUCACGCCAAUCGCCAUCGCCUACUACUUCCUGCAAAGCUAUUUCCUGACGUCAUCCAGGGAAUUGCAGCGUCUGGAUAACACCAGCAGAUCGCCCAUAUUUGCCUACUUCUCUGAGACUCUCAACGGACUUACGACUGUCCGCGCUUACAAAUGCCAAAAGCGUUUCUUCAACUCCAUCAUUGACCGGAUCAACAAAAACCAGGUGGCCUAUCUGUACUUACAGACAGCAAAUCGAUGGCUUGGCGUCCGUCUGGAUUUCAUCGGUGCCCUUAUAGUGCUUGUUGCAGGUAUGACAACCUUGGUUGGUGCCCUGACUCUGGGCUUGGAGCCUAGCCUGGUGGGACUUGGCGUCACCUACUCGCUGCAGAUCGCAGGAUUUCUCAACCUCCUCGUUCGCGGAGUGGCGGACACUGAGAUGCAGAUGAACUCCGUGGAACGAGUAGCUUUCUAUUCCAACGUGGAGAGUGAGCAAUACGAAGGGAGGGACCCUCCCGAGGACUGGCCAAGGAACGGUCGGAUCCAGUUCGACCGGGCCUCUGUCCGCUACUCGGCAGACUCGGACCCCGUGUUGCGGGCCGUGUCGGUGGAUGUUUCGCCCGGGGAAAAGGUUGGAAUUUGCGGCCGGACAGGAGCUGGAAAAUCUUCCCUAACUCUUGCUCUACUACGCGUCAUCGAUAUAUUUGGAGGUCGCAUUCUCAUCGACGGUAUUGACAUCAAGUCGGUUCCGCUGCAGACACUCAGAAGCAGGGUGUCCAUCAUUCCUCAGGAUCCUGUGCUGUUCACUGGAACCAUCAGGGGAAAUUUGGACCCACUUCACGAAAAGACCGACAGCCAGUUGUGGGAGUCCCUUGAAAUCGCCCAGCUCAAAGACGUUGUGGCUGAACUGGACGGAGGUCUAGAUGCCUUGGUGACUGAGGGUGGUGAGAAUUUCAGCGUUGGUCAGCGGCAGCUGUUCUGUCUGGCUCGCGCCUUCCUGCGCAAGUCUCGUAUCCUCAUCAUGGACGAGGCGACCGCCUCUAUCGAUUUAGAGACGGACAAGCUACUUCAGAAGGUGGUCGUCACUGCCUUUGCCGACAGAACUGUCCUGACCAUUGCCCACCGAAUCGCCACCAUCUUGAACUCGGACAAAAUUCUGGUCUUGAACGAGGGUAAAGUGGCUGAAUUCGACACGCCCGACAACCUGAUGCAAACGGACGGCAGCCUCUUCGCCUCCUUCGUCCGGGACAAGGACAAGUAGACGAGUGUGUGGCCUGGCCUGACUCCUCCCGACCGAGGAGACCUCCAUCCAGCACUCUGUCUUUGUAUAUAACGUCGCUCAUUUGACGAUUAUGGAACAUUUCUGAUUAUUGUGUUUCAAUAAUUGUCCUUGUUCUGCUUUUCCUUUUACAUUUAUAUUACCCUAAAACACACCAUAAAUAAAGUAGCUCAUUGAAGAAAAAAUAGCAUAGUAGAAAGUAAAAAUAGAGUGUAAGACAAAAUGGUACAGUAGUAUGUGGGAAUUUUCCCGGAACAGAAAUUGAAAUUAAGGAGAGACACACAAAAAAUGAACCUCAAAAACAUAUUUGAUUUUUGUCAACGGCUGUUGACCCUAAGACUGAUAUGCUUUCCUCCCAUAUUCAGUAGUUAACGUUGAUCAAAUCAUUGUUCAUUUGUUAGUGUGAAAUAUUUGCCUAAGUUUUUAAUUUACAAUGACGCUGUUGGAGCUAGGAGGUGAAACGAGAAAAUAUUGAUUUGUCCCUGAAUACACCUGACGUCCGGCUAUCGAUGGGGUGCCCUAUUCUGCUCAGGACAAUAAUGCCUCAGUUGGAUUACUGUUUGUUAAACCUUUCUCAACCGAAACGUUUGUAGUGAUUAGGCACACCUCAUAAACAUGCCUCUUCCAUGCGUGUGCCGUGAAAAUUGCCCAUGUUAUGAUUUUUUUUAUUAUAGAAAGAAAAAAUUUCUGUAAUAAAAAAAUCAUAGGUAACAUGUAAAUUUGCCCAGACUGGAGGCCCAGAAUGUACCUUUUUACAGACCCCAAGCGUCUAUCCUCGUUAUAUUUGCAGUUUGUUACAUCGAUAAUAAAUCUGAAAUAAUCUGCACGGUAACCCGUGCUGUUGAAUUUCAUACCUUCCAGCAGAUCUUCCUAUUUAGCAUAUUUCAGAUUGAAGUUACAUUCGUAGUCAUGUAUACCUUUUAACGCUUUCAGUUUAAACGGUUGGUUUUUUGAAAGAAAACAAAUUUGCUGACCUAAUUUCAAACUAAAACUAAGUGUUUGUUGAAUGGUUCACUUAAAUGAGUCUGGAUAUAGUAAAAACUGACCCCAAAAAUGAUUGAAUCUAUGGAAAUACAGUAGGGAAGAAAAUUGAAGAAUGCAGCGAUUUAAGAAAUAUAAUUGGAUUUAAAAUGUCAAAAAGCUUGUAAAUAAUAUUGAAACAAGGUUUUUAAUUAGAUUAUAAAGAAAGAGUUUGCAAUUACAGCAGGAGGAUUUUGUUUUCUUAGCUAUUUUAUUAAUCUGAAAUGAACUACGUGUUGUACGGGCUAAUGUUAAAUAAAAAAUACCAAUAGUGUAAUAGUGUAAUACAGUAAACAUGAUAAAAUUUGUCACAAGGCUAAAUAAAAAAUUUAAUUUGUCUCACAGAAACUGACAUUAUGAAAAGUUGCUUACCUAGGUUUAACAGGUUUGACAGUCUGCUCUACACUACUUGGCACUAGAACACUCACACGCACUUCCGCAAAUUAAUAUUAUGUUAAAAGCUAUCCUGAGAAAAGUAUAUCAAAUAUUGAUAUAAACACAAAAGAAGGUUUGCACUUCGAAUAUUAUUUCUGAGAGAAAAUCAAUUGCAAAUUUGCUUACGAUUUAUAAGUGCACCAGAGAUCCCACUGCCUUCAGCGCAUUCAGCGUUAAUCAUUUAAUAAUUAAUCAGAUAAUAAAUGAUUAUCUUCAUUGAUACAUAUUUUUCCAUGAAGAGAAAUGAAUAAAUGAUGUUUCCAAAUCA